AUGCCCGCUCAGAAAAAUUACGGUGCUUCGUCCACCGCACUGGAGCUCUUCCACUACGAUAACAUCUCGCUCCUAGGCCCACCCAAGAUGCGUGGUGCAAUUGUCUUCAGCGGCUCCUCCCACCCGACCUUGGUCGAUGGCAUCUGCGACCGCCUGGGCAUGAAGCGGGGCACCGCUCAGCUCAGCAAGUUUGCGAACGGCGAGACCUCAGUGCACAUCCACACCUCGGUGCGAGACAAAGAUGUCUUCAUCGUGCAGAGCGGGAGCCCAAAGAUCAACGAUGCUGUCAUGGAGCUGCUGAUCAUGGUGUCGGCCUGCAAAGGCGGCUCUGCUAAGUCAAUCACUGCUGUCAUGCCGUACUUCCCCUACGCCCGCCAGUCGAAGAAGAAGUCGCACCGUGGCGCCAUCACCGCCCGGAUGGUUGCGAACCUCCUCAAUAUCGCCGGCGUGAACCACGUCAUAACCAUUGAUCUUCACGCGUCGCAGAUGCAGGGCUUCUUCAAGUGUCCGGUCGACAACCUUAUCGCCGAGCCCCUCCUUGCCCGCUGGAUUCGCGUCAACGUGCCGAAUUGGAGGGAUGCCGUGGUCGUCAGCAAGAACCCAGGAGGCACCAAACGCGUUACGUCGCUUGCGGACGCAUUGAAGCUCAGCUUUGGCAUAGUCACAACCGACAGGCGAAGAGCCGCUACGGCGGUGCAUUGGAAUGAGAGCGCCAUGUUCGAGCAAUUGAGACUGGACGGCACGUACGAGACACCGGACCUGGUGGAAGCCGCUUUGGAUGCAGAUGCACAGAUACUGCCUGCUCCUAGCCAGUCGUACAGCCCGGCAGCCGACGUUGGGAAGCCGAAACUACGGGCACGGGCACCAUCAAAUCCUCUCGAACGACGUACGAAUGGGUCAGCAAACUUGCAGAGUCCGCUGUCAAAAUCCAUGCGAGCAGCCUCCAUUGUCAGCACGAAGGAGGAAGAGAAUCUUCCCAAACCAGACGAGAAGCCCGAGAAGGAACAAAUUGAGGAAAACAGCGGCGAAGAGGAUGCGGAUGAAUACACCGACGAGCGAGCGAGAGACGUCACUCACGGUCGGCUUGUACGUGGACACAUCGUGGAGGAUACUCAUCCUUCACCUUCCAUGUCCGCGGUAUCGCAUAAUUCAUGGCGGAAUCGUGCCCCGUCUGAUGGCGAAGAUGCCGAUAUCCCUCAGCACAUGAUGUCGUCCUUCAUGUCCACAGCAUCGCACUCUGAGCACGCUCACGCGCAUGCAUUAGGAGGAACAAUGGACGCGGCGGCAUCGUCCGAAGACGAAGAGGAAGACCUGCGAAAUCCUGAUCUAGAGACCAUGGUCACUUUAGUAGGUAACGUAAAAGACCGGCCCGUCUUCAUUGUGGACGAUAUCCUUGACAAGUCGGCAUCGUGGAUCGCGGCAGCAGAAACGGUAGUCAAACGAGGCGGUGCUACGAAGGUGUACUGCAUGGCUACCCACGCCCUCUUUGGCGGUGACGCCCUCGAGGAGUUGGUCGCAUGCGAGUGCAUCACCAAGGUCGUUGUUACCAACGCAUUCCCUAUCCCUGCAGAGACACAGGCCCAGGCACGCGAUAAGCUUGUCAUCCUACCCGUGGACAACUUGCUCGCCGAAGCCAUCCGCCGCAACCACCAUGGCGAGAGCAUUUCCCAGCUCUUCAUGCAUUACGACUAG